AUGGCAUCAGCAGCAACAACACCUUCAUCACCACCAGCAGCAGGCAACAUUCAAUCAGAGUUUGAACAGUUGUUGGAGAAGCUUGGAAUCACUGAUCCUGUGAAGAGGAAGGAGAUGAUGGGACUGCCCGACGCCUCAAAGCGUGUACUCAUCGACCAGAACAAAACAGAUAUCUACAAGACCGUUCGAACAACAAAGCCAAGCGCGGCCGAGUCAUUCGCCGACGUCAAGAGCGUAAUCCUCUCGAUCAACACAAAGUCCACGUCGAUCGAUGCCAUGCGAUCACUGCGUGUGCAGCUCAACACAUCGCCCGUCGACUGGAUCCAGUCGUUCCUUAACAAUGACGGCGUGCAGCCCAUCCUGGACAUCCUGCACUCGAUCGAGAAGAAGCGCAAGAACAAGUCCAAGCGCAAGGACCUGGCCAUCCUGCAGUACGAGUGCAUCCGAUGUCUUGACGCCAUCAUGAAGAUGAAGAUUGGUAUGGAGUACAUUGCCAAGUUCCCUGCGGCCACCAACCAGAUCAUGCUGGCCUUUGACUCGGACAUGACCAAACUCAAGACCCUCAUCCUGCGUCUCCUGGCCGCUGCGGCCAUCCUCCCACUUGGUCACGGAGCAGUGCUCACCUCCAUGAUCUACUACAAAGAGAUACGCAAGGAAGAGCAAAGAUACCAUACUCUCGUCCAAUCACUCAAGACUGAAACUAACAGAGAGUAUAUCGCCACAUGUAUAUCAUUCAUCAACUGUCUUAUAUCAUCUCCAGCAGAGGUGUCUGCGAGGAUUGAGAUAAGAAAGGCAUUCCUCAAUCUUAAGAUUCUAAAGUACUUUGAGAAUCUUCGCGAGCAAUUCAAUGAGGACAAGGCUGUCACGACACAGCUCGAUGUGUUCCAGGAGGAGAUGGUCAAUGACGAGCAGUUGAACGCCUCACAGACUUCAAAGCUCUCCAUCGAGGAGAUCUUCUCACAGAUCUCGGCAAGAGUGACGGGCACGCCGUCCCAGGCCGACCUGGUGUCCCUGAUGAGCCACUUCCAAAAGAUGGCCUCUUCCUCACUGGGAUUGCGCGUGUGGAAGCUAUAUCUCAAUCUGUCGGUGCAGCUGGAGGAGGAGCUAGAGUCACACCCCGAAGUCGACAUCAACACAAUCAACCUGGCCUUCCCCGAGCAGAAGAAGAGCAGCAGUCUGUUCUCGUUUGGCAAGUCCAAGUCACCAGUUACUUCGCCCGGACUCUCCAGCCAGCAGGCCGUAGAUAAGCAUAAGCUCAGGAAGGACAACGAGGAGAAACAAAAGACGAUCGAUCAUCUUUUGAAGCAGCUCAACUCAUUCAGUGGUGGACAGGACAUCACCAAGUGGAUGUUGGAGCGCGAGGAGAAGAACAAGAUGAUUGCCCAUCUCAUGGCACAGGCCAAGGUCACCGAUGGCUUUGCCGAGAAUGAGCAGCUGAGGAAGGAUCUGGAGGCCACCAGACUCGAGCUGAAUUGUUUGAAGAGCUCACCAAUAUUGCUGAGCUCCACACCAACCAUGCAGAUGCCCAAUGGACGUCUGUCCUCUGGCAACACCUCAUCGCCAGCCACACCAGAUCUUGCACCAAACGUUGGAGGCGAUGGCUCAGGCAUAGCGGAUUCAACGUCAGAUCCCAAUGAGGGCGGACCUCCUGCGCCACCAGGCGACGGCCCACCUCCACCUCCACCACCCCCUGGCGGCGGUCCUCCACCACCUCCUCCUCCACCUGGCAUGGGCGGACCUCCUCCACCUCCCCCUCCUCCCGGCUCAAAGAAGGGCACUCCAUCGCGUCCAGCCAAGCCAAUCAUCAAGCCAUCGGUCAAGAUGAGAAACUUCAACUGGGUCACAAUGCCCGUGCUCAAGGUCGAGAACACACUAUGGGACAAGAUGGACGAGAGUUCGAUCAUUCAACAGCUGGACACCAACGAGUUGGAGGCACUCUUCUCUGCCAAGGCCCCACCUCCCAAGGCCGAGACACUAAAGAGUCCAAAGAAGAUGGCCAUCACACUGAUCGACCCAAAGAAGGCCAACAACUGUGCCAUCAUGUUGCAACACUUUAAGCUUGGCAAUGCCGAGCUCAAGAGAAUCCUGUCGACUAUGGACGAGAAGAUGUUGGAUCAACAGAAUGCCACCUACCUGGUCCAGUUUGUGCCAACCAAGGAGGACAUCGACAUACUCAAGGAGUUUGGUGGAGAUGUCAGCCAGCUGGGCGCAGCAGAGCAGUUCAUGAUGGCCAUCAUGGACAUCCCCAAGCUUGAUGCCAAGCUGAAAUCACAUCUGUUCAAGCUGAAGUUGCCCAGCAUGUUGGAGGACAUGAACCCAGACAUUAGAGCCGUGAAGCAUGCGUCAAUGGAGAUCAAGUCAUCGCGUCGUCUCCACGAGAUACUGAGGUUCCUACUUGGUGUCGGUAACUACAUCAACGGUUCAACAACCAGAGGUGGUGCACAUGGAUUCAAACUGGACACAUUGAGCAAGCUGAGAGACGCCAGAACAAACGACGGCAAGAUGUCACUCAUUCACUACUUGGCCAAGUUGAUUCAAGAAAAGAACGUCGACUUGUGGAGCUUCACCAGCGAUUUGAAGCAUUUGGAGCACGCCGCUGAGGUGUCUAUCAACAACAUUCAGCAGGACUUCAACGAGAUCAAGCGAGGAAUCGAGCUCAUUGAGAAGGAGUUUGCCGCUCAGGUACCAGGCACUGGCGCACCACCCUCAAGUCAGGGCGCAUUUGAGCAGUCAAUGAUUGCCUUCCUCAGGACGGCCAAGGACGAGUACAACAAGCUCGACACACAGAUCACCGAGAUGAACAACCACUACGAGACGGUCACCAACUACUUUGGCGAGUCCAAGGCCUGUCCACCCGACCAGUUCUUCUCAUACUUCUCCGACUUCUUUGACGACCUCGAGAAGGCCUGGAAGGAGUACCAGAACAUGCUCAAGGCUGAGAAGGAUGCCAAGUAUGAGGACCCUGAGAAGGGAGGUCUGGAGGACAUCACUACACACAUCCGUUCGGGCAAGUUGUUCAAGGAUCGUCGUCAAUCGUCCAAUCUGACACAUGCCAUGGCAGAGAAGGUGCAGCAGGCCGCUGCGUCAUUGAAGCCAGCUGGCGCGUCCAAGAACCUUCAAGUACCAUCACCCAAGCAACCACAACCUGUAGCACCAUCACAAUCACUACUUAAGCCAUCCAGUCUGCGCACUACUACAUCAUCCAAGGACAGUAAGGACAAGGAAACGCCCAAAGACAAGAAGUAG